AUGUUGCGAGAGGCUCUGUCCUCUCUCCUCCUGCUUUGUUUGGUAGGCGGUUGUUGGUUAGCAAGGGUCGCCGUCGGGGCUUUUGUGACGAGUGUGCGGAAUCAAGCCAAGCAAAGCUGGAUACUGCACCCGACAUUCAAUGCUUGUAGCGAAAUCCAGGAGACGGGGAGAAAGGAAACCCCAUUCUCCAUCAAACAAGAAAGGAAACGGCAGACGAAGCAGCCGACGAUUCCCUGUUGCGAUGGUGCCCGGAGUGGCGACAAGAGACGGCAAUCAACCAAGCGAUCUCUCUUGCUUGCGUUUGAGGUUCCGGAGAUUUUGAUUGACCGUCCAACAAAGAGGUGUAAACAGGGAUCAAGAAAAGCCUGGAGAUUUUGGCUUCCGCAAUCGUCAGAUUUGGACAAAGAAGAACUCGAUUUAAUCCCGUUCGCGGGCAUCCCUGCACAGAUUGGUGAACCUGGAAUUAUUCAGAGUAGACGCUGUGAUCAGGAAAUCAAAAGUUUCCCCAUAGGGGGAGGGAUUAGUCCCGGGACACCGAUUGGUGUUGAUUUUGGAUUUCGCCAUUACAAAAACAAAGGCGAUUUCAGUGUUGUUUACAGAACUAGUACAGCUAGUGCAAUUCCCUUUGGGGAUGGGGCAUCCGUGAUUCCUCCAGCACAGACGAAGCAAGUGCCACGCUUUAGGUCCAGAAUUCCCAAAAAACCCGCCGACGAUUCGUGCGGCGGUGCUGAUGGUGCCGAUGAUCGGCGCGGACUGGGAGGCCUGAAAAUUCGCUGGGUGGAUAGAGAGGCCUUGCGGCCCAAAUCCCUAAUCUAG